AUGUCUAGACAACUGUUCUACGGUCUUUCUGUCCUAUUACCCAUCUUAGCAAUACUACUUGAGCGGAAUUUAAUGGCAAGGUCCGAGGCAUAUGCUCCAAUCAUUGGUCGUGCCAACGUUACCUUGUUUCUUGUCAACAGCGAGGCCGGGUUGUCGAAUGUAUUUGCAGCAACAGCGCAAGCUUUGCUGGAACAACAUCCCACGGUGACAGUACAUUUUGCGUCAUUUUCACCCAUAGCGCCUCAGCUUGAGCGCAUCUCCUCGUAUAGUCGUACCCAGAGCCUCUCUCAUCCCGCUCCGGGCAUCAUCUUCCAUGAGCUCCCUGAUCUGACACUGACGCGUGCCAUCCACUUGUCGGGGAGAACAAUGUCCAACAUGGCUCACCCACCAGGGCUGGGUGGUAUUGACCAGAUAUGCAGAGAUAUCCAGUUUUAUAUUUCCCCUUGGUCGGGGGAAGAUCAUUACGUUCUGUACCAACGACUGGUCGACAUUAUUGAUCAAGUAGACCCUGCAGUUAUCGUUCUGGAUACCGUGUUUCGCCCUGGAAUUGAUGCGACACGUGAGAGAAAGAGGUUGCAUGCUUUCAUUUCACCUAAUACGUUGAUUGACAACUUUGCCAUGGAUCAACCGUGGGGGAGCAUGUUCUGGAAGUAUCCCCUGGCGGCCUCAGGCAUUCCGUAUCCCGUCCCCUGGAGAAGGAUACCAGAAAAUAUCUACUUGACUCUUCGUUUUAUCUACGCUGUUUUCACGAUGUCAAACAUAAAGGAGAAGCAAGCAUUUCUCAAGUCCAAAGACCUCUCAGAUCCUAUCAACUUUUACAAUCUUCACCGUCCCGAAGUACCCUGGUUUACUGGAUUCACGUGGAUGAAAUCGAAAGCAGAAUUUAUGGCAUUAGCGUUGGCUCAGGUGCUCGAGCAGACUGACCUACAAGUCCUUUGGAAAUUCCAGAAAGAUACAAAUGAUGCAAACCUUACUCACAGACUCGAAUAUGACGAUACCUUCCUUGAGCCACUACGGCCCUUCCUUGAUCGCGGUCGCGUGAGAACACAAACUUGGUUAUCCGCUGAUCCUACGGCUUUACUGAAGACAGGACACAUCGUCGUUUCGGUUCAUCACGGUGGCUCAGGCUGUUACCAUGAGGCUAUUGCAACCGGUGUCCCUCAAUUGGUACUACCCCAGUGGUUCGAUCUAUACAAUUUCGCACAGCUGACUGAAGAUAUUGGCGUCGGCGUUUGGGGUUGUCGAGAGACAAGCCCGCAUUGGACGGUUGAGUGUCUUCGACAUGCCCUGCUCAGAGUCGUGAGAGGCGAGUCUGGCCGGCAAAUGAAAGAAAGGGCGGCACAUUUCGAGGAAGCAGCUCAAAACAGUCCAGGCCAACAGGCUGCAGCUCGUGAAAUUGCCAGGCUAGCUUCCAGUGGAAAAACGGCGUGA